UAUUAUUUUGUUUGUUUUUUUUUUCCCCAGCGCGGUGUCAUGGCUUCGUCUAUGAAUGCCUCCAACGACGAUGACGACGCUUUUGUCUACAUUUUCGACAGAAGAAAUGGAGCUUCGCCAGAAAUUAAACUGCAUACGGGUGGAUUGUUCACUUUCGAAGACUUCAAAGUUAAAGUGAAACAGGAGCUUAAAUCUGAUAAUGAUGAUUUUGUAAUUGCAUCCACAAACAGAGAUGGAAUUUGUGAUGACUCUUCUUGGGAUAGCGUUGAGAAGGGGGACACUCUCUACAUACUCAACACUCUUCUGCAAGAGUUGUGUGCCCCUGCACAGCAAAGGGUCAAUUUCCUCCCACAUUAUGACACUAUUGUUAAAGGUGGCAUGUAUGAAUAUUAUGCUUCAGAAGGCCAGAAUCCUUUACCUUAUGCAUUUGCUGAGUUGAUCGACAAUGCCUUAACAGCAACAGCAAAUAACAAUGCUGACCGUAACAUCGAAAUCAGAUUGCAUUUUGAUGAAGGGAAUCCAAAUCGAAACUGUAUCUUUGUCCUUGAUAAUGGCAAAGGUAUGACACCUCGGCAACUUAACAACUGGGCUAUCUACAGACUUUCAAAGUUUAUAAGAAAGGAUAAACGGCGCAGAAAUUCAGUUGAUCGAGAUGAUAACAGUGCAGUAAGAUAUGAACCACCGAGGUCUUUAAACAGUGACAUAUCCUAUUUUGGAGUUGGUGGCAAACAGGCUAUCUUUUAUAUAGGAAAUGCUACUAAAAUGAUAACUCGACCAGCUGGUUCAAAAGAUAUUCAUGAAUUAACUAUAUCAAAAGAUGAUUUUGAAAAGAAAGAGAAAAAUAAUGAGUCAAUUUACAGUGGUUUCAUUAGAAACAGAAAACCUAGUGACUCUAGCCACGUUGCUCCAGAAGAUGAAAUUUUCAGAAAAAUUAUUACUGAAGAAGAAUACCGUGAAAGUUUUACAGUGGUUGCCAUUACUGGUAUCAAUUCAGGUCACAUUCCAUAUCUAAAACACAAUCUGAGGGAGUGGUGUCGGCAAUUAGCUCACAUUUACCAUUAUUAUCUACACGGCCCCAAUGGCAACCAAGAUCCUCCAGCCCAUGAUCCUAACAGAGUAAUGCGACCAGCUAGUCCAUUCAGACAUAUCAACAUUGAAAUCAAAUUAUUCAAGGGGUUGGUGCUGAUGAAAAACUUGAACCUUCGCGAUAUUAACGAUGACCUUCAGAGUCAGUUUGUCAAGACAGGAGCUUCAGUAUUUGAUUUCAAAGCUAAAGUAGAGGGUGCCGGAGUGGUUGAAGGAGUCCUCAGAUAUCAUCCAUUUUUAUAUGACCAUGAAACAUUCCCCACAGACUUUAUUGAUCCCAGAUAUUCAGAACCCGAAGACGACCAUGAUUAUGCUAUCAAUGACCGGCCAGCACGUGGAAGACGCCCUGUAUUUGAAUGCUACUGGAAUGGUAGAUUAAUUCCUUAUACACUUAUUGAAGAAUUCGAUUGGUGUAGUGCUCCAAAAAAGUCAAAAGUUGUCCCAGCAGAUUGCUAUAACAGAGUUUCUGGUGUGUUGUGGACUAACGACAAAUUCCAAGUCAGUACUAACAAACUGACUUUCAUUGAUUUGGAGAUGAAGCUCAAGGAAAAAAGUACUGUUUUCUGUCGAAUUAUUAAUGGCCAUGAAAAGCGAACUGGUAUUGACAAGGAAUUUGUUAAUUGGCUUAAAGAAUGUCAUGAAAAAUUUGACAAACAAAUUCACUUUUCAGAAUUUAAAGGUCAUGCUCUCCGGCCUGAUCUCCCCAAACAUAGACAAACUCCUUGGUCUGUUUAUGAACAAGUUGAAUGGGAUGGGAAAAUAUUUAAAAAGGGCAACUUGGUUAGAAUCAGUCGCACUGUUCCUACAAUUCUUGGUACCAUUAAAUGCUUUUUAUUGUAUGGAGACCAUGAGGGAGAAGUGUAUGCAACUGGUGGCGACAUUCAACUCAUACAGGAACCACGUUGCUUGUAUAAUGAAGUAAAAGUCCAACCUCUGUUUAAAUUAGAUCGUUUGGCCACACCUCAUCAAGUUAAAAAAGCAAUUGAAGAAGAAGAAGCCAAGUUACCUGAUCAAUUAGUUGUUUCUUGGCCUGAUGACAAUGAAGUUGUAGAAGGUGAACGCAGACCUGCAGGGAAAACCAUUGGUGAUAUUAAGGUAGAAAUUAUAAACAAAAAAGGUGAAACCAUCAAGCAGUUACCUGGAACUGCCCCAGCACACAAGAAAUUGUUAGUGGAACUCAAGAUUAUCUGGCAUUCUUCCAAUGGUGAUGAAGUGAUUGUAUCACAUAUUAGUCAACAUGGAAAAAACUGGCCAUAUUGGUUCAGAAAAAUGGAAAACAUCAAAAACUUAGGGCAUCACACACUUCAGCUCCAAGUUGUUUUGAAUGAGAGUGGUGCAACAACUUUUGCUGGAAAAGAUCUGCCGUCGCACCGUAUCAAAUUUUUUGUCACUGAAGCUGAACCCAAAAAGUUUACAGUUGCUUUACUGGAUGGACCCUUUCGUGUUGGGGUUCCAUUUCAAAUUCCUCUUGAAUUCCAAGAUGAAUUCAACCACAUAACAGCACCAAACAGUGAUUGCAAACCUACUCUUGAGGCUAGUGGACUGGAUAUUAGUUACGAUAGUUUACAAGUGAAAGGUAACCAUCUGUUGAUUAAGGGUAUUUCUGCAAAAGGCCUGGUUAAUUGUACUACAGGAAAGAAUUUCAAUUUGACCGUGAAAGUGGAUGAGUUAGAAGAAAAACAAACCUUAAAAAUCCGUUUACUUCCUGGUCCUCCCUAUCAGCUCUCUGUGAAACCAGAUCAAAACUUGAACCUUGAAAAUGGAACUGCUCCUGUGUUCAAUGUAGAAGUUCUAGAUAUUGCAGGCAAUGUUACUACUGAGAAUAAACUGGUGGUUACUUGUAAGUUCCAAGGAAUCUCUGGUUUACCAGUUUAUAGUCUUGACUGUUCAAGUAGUGGCACUGGAAUAUUGACUGGAGAAUCAUUAUACAUGAAAAAAGUGAAAAGUAACCAGGAAGUUGUGGCCAAAAUUGAACUGCAGAAUAGCAAAGACGUGAAAACAGUGGAACGGAAGUUAUGUUUGAUACCAAGUGGAAAGACUGCAAGCAUUGAUUUGAGUUAUAAUUUGUACAAUGAAGAUGGCACUGUGGAGAAGACAGUACGCAUUAAAAACUCUCAGGAAGUAGUUGCUGUUGCAGGUGAAUACAUGCAGGGUUUAACAUUCUUACUUCUUGAUGAAGCUGGUCGGGAAAUCAAGAUGGAUGAAAAGAUCUCCUCCAAGAUAAAGGUAAACUGGACCCCUAAAAUGAAUAAAGAACUUCUACUUCAAAAAAAAUUGCCCGAUAUCAAAAUUCCAACUUCAAUUUCUGACCAAAAGUAUUGCCAUGUUAGUAUUCUAGAUGGAUCGGACACUCACUUUAGUUUCACAAUAAAAGCCAAAGCAGGAGAGCCUUCUCAGAUGAAGUGCAAGGUAAAAGGAAGUUGCAGUUUACGUAUUAAGGAGCAAAUGGAAAGUGAAAUUCAAGUUAGCAUCAGAGAUAAAAAUGGCAAUGAAAUAAUAGAUUUCCAAGCUUCAGAACUACAAGAACUGAACAUUAGUGGUGAUGGCUUAAUAACUGACAAAAUCCAGAAGUAUAAAGGUCAGCAAUGUGCCUUCUGUGUAAAAGGCAUCCAGUUAGAGGAUGUUCACACUGGUUCCAAAGAGUUGAUGUUUCAAUGGAAGAAACUCAAGGAUUACAUUCGCAUUGAGUUGGUAUCAGGGCCCCCUUCUCAGCUUAUUAUUCCAGGAUGGGACUUGGACGAGCCUAUUGUGGUGUAUGAUGGUGGAAAAAUUAAUCAACAUUUAGUUGUAUCGCUGUGUGAUGACAGGGGCAACCAAUGUAAAGAGAAAGAUGUAAAAAUCCUUUUGAAUAAGGAUCAAAAAAUUAAGAUUGUGCCUUCUGCUACUACAUUGAAAACCGAUAAUGAAGGACAAGUAGACUUUGGAACCUUCUCUGUCAAUGGGCCAAAGGGUGUCUAUGAAUUGUCAGUGAAAGCUCUGCUUGGAGGGAGUAGAACCAUCGCAGGGCCAAGAAUUAAGAUCAGCAUUCGACCAGAUCCAACCAAACCUUUACGUCUUGAGGUGGAUUGUAAAAGUAAUAUAGCAGUAGAAGCUGGCUCAAAGUUGCCUGUAUACACAGUGAAAGUAUUGGCUGAAGAUGGUAAUCCAUUAACUUUGGCAAAGCAUUCACAUCUGUCAAUGAAACAAUGGCCUUCAGAUUCUAGUCACCAGUCAAUACCACCUCCCAAAGCAAUUUCAUAUGCACCUGACAACGUGAACAAUGAGAAAGGAAUCUUUACUUUCAGCAACAAACGCUGUCCAGAGUUGGCUGGCAAGUUCAGUAUUAUGUUUGUAUAUUAUGAUGGGAAAUAUAAUGUAGAUAGUGAAGUGAUCUCACUUACUGUGCUCCCCAGUGUGCCAACCAAGUUAGUGCCAUUAGAGACACUAGGGACUCCCACAGUGAGCAAUUCCAAGAAUAAUACCAGUCGUUGCCUAAUUGAAUCUCUUCUUCUUGAGCUCAGGGACCAGUUUGAUAAUCCAGUAGAGCCAAAAUUUGAUGGGUCGGUCAAAAUAGUUGUUAAAGCCCUAGAUGAGGUGGAUGAAAUACCUGCUUUUGUAGGGCCUUCAAAACAGCUUUUGGUUCCAUUACUCAAAGGGCGAGCCCUUUUACAGAAAAUUACCUUACAAGAAAAUACACCAGGAAAAGAUGGUUUUGAGUAUGUUUUAUCCUGCACAGUCUCUGCACAGAACAUUAAAGAAAAGAUCGAACCAUUAGAGAUUCCUUUCUUGUUCUAUAAUGAUUGCAAGAAGCAAUCUCGUAUGGCCAGUCUCUCUAAAGAAAGAGACACCAUUCAAAUUGCUAUCAGAGCCUACAAAUCAAUGUUUGAAACAACAGAACAGCUUAUAAAUGAAUUAAAAAUCUCAAACCAUGAAGCCAGCCACUUAGAACAGCAGCUACGCAUGGAGUUGAAGAAGCAAAACAUUCCGCUCGCACAACUUCAGUCAAUUGAACAAAUUGAUAUUCUUCUUCAGACAAGAAUGACAGAACGAGAUGAACUGCUCAGCAGGCCACGCCGACUCUGUGGUCUUGCACAAACACCUAGUGAUCCUGAGAUAUUGGGAAAAAUCGGUCAGCUUGCAGAACUUCAAGACCAUGAUAUAGCUCGUGUCCUCUCAUGGCACAUGUCAGCUGAUAUGGACUGUGUUGUAACUACAACUACUAAAAAGGCCAAAGAAAUCUACAACCAAACUAGUGGCAAACAGCAAGUGUUACCAUUAGAUUCUAUUUAUAAGAAAACCCUUCCAGAAUGGGACAAACCUCUACCUCAUGAAAAAUUCCGACCUCAAUGGAAACCUCCUGGGAAUCCAGUCUAUGCAAGGAAACUUCUUAAAUUCAGUCACCAAGAAGAAAAAUGUAAAUUGGUGUUUGGAAUGCUGUUGGGUGAUACAAUGUUCUUGGAUUCUUUAGACUAUGCGAAUUCCUACAGACAAGAGGUUGUGAAGUUUGCCCAUUGCCCAACCAUUUUGACAAGAGAUGGAGAUCGUAUCCGCAGUAAUGGCAAAUUUGGAGGAUUAAUGAACAAAGCAUUGCCUUUAGAUAAGCUACGUGGAGCAGUGUUUGGUGAACCCCUACCAGUUGCUUAUCAUGCAAUCUGCACACAAAUUGACACACUCCAUAACUACCGGGCUGCUGUGAAGAAACGCCAGAACUCUGAAACUGAUUUACUUGAACAGCAAAGAGCAAUGAACAAUCCUGAGAUGAAGAUGAAAAUGAAGGAAUGUUCUGAAGCAGAAGAAAGACUACGAGUCAUUGAACAGAAAUUAGGUAUGUGCCUUGCUCAGUCACAAUCGUCAGCAAUGACUUCAAAAGGAAAAUUAUAUGAACAAUAUGAGACUCCAGUGAGCACCAAAAAACCUCGUUUGUCAACAUCCUCAAUUCCUUACAGUGUUGAUACUGGUAAUGUUGAAAUGUCAUCUCCUGCUUUGAAUGGCACUGGAGCUGGUAAAUCCCACAAUAUUAUGAAUAAUAGUGGAAUGGCAAGCAACUCAGGGGCAGUGGGUGUCUCAACACCAACCAACAACAAUUUUGCUCCUACGCGACAGAGUAAACGCAUUGCUUCCAUGACACCAGUCACUUCAGAUGAUGGUAGAAAGAGGUUGCGUAAAACUUGAGCCCCUCUUUCUUCAUAUUUUUCUUCACCAUUAUCAACCAUCAUUGGAUUCCCUUUUUCUUAGAUCAAAUCUGAAUAGUUUCAUACACACUUCACACAAAACUCUGGAACUGCCUUUCUUCCCCAUCACCUCCCUUUAAUUUUUAUUUCUUUCUAUUUUACUACAUCCCAACACACACACACACAUUCAGACACACAAAUUAACUUUUAUUUUCCAAGACUAUUUUUGACUGGUAACUGUUAAAUACUUGGAUCCUGUUUUUGAAUUUAAUUACCUACAUCACUCCCUCACUUUUAGUAAAGUUAUUUACUGCAA